UGCAGGACCAUCAGCACCAGUGUGUAGCUGCUCAGAGUUCCUCUGCUGGCAUCGUUGAUCAGCAUGUGUUGUGCCCACUUCUUGAUGACAAGUAUCAGGGGUCGUAUCCUGAGAUCAGCUGAGAGAGAAAGUGUACACAAACACCAACAGCUCAAAACAAGACUCCUUUUCCCUUUCUCUCAAGAACGGACUUCACUGGAAUUAAAAGGCAGCAGGACUUCUCCACCCUUUCAGUCAGGAGCUGUCAUUUUGCGCGCCCUGUUUUGGUCGCGCGUCAAACCUCCAUUGGACUCGGUGCUGGAUCUCCCACAGAGCUGCUGCCGCUGCUGCCGCUGCUGCUGCUGCUGCUGCUCCAUCAUCACCAAACGCCCAACACCAGCGCAGCAGAGGAAGAGGCGGAGGAGGAGCAGGGAGGAGGAGGCUCAGUGAUCACCCGUGCCAUGUGCACCGCGACAUAUAUGUGUGAAUUCAUGCGGUGACAGACAGCAGCAGGGAGGAAUGGAGCAGUGGUCAUCAUUGCAUUCCUGAAGACGCACCACCGUGACGGCGAUAACGCGGAGAAGACCUUCAGAAGAUCUGUCCACGCAGCAGCAGCCAAUCCGAGAGAGACAUUGCAUUUUUUUUUUUUUUUUUUUUUUUAAUUAACCGAGAGGGGAAAAAAAUCAGUUGGAAUCAGUGGUCAAUUAAGUGUCGCCUCCAUGUCAGCCACAACAAUGGGGGAGCAGCCCAUCUACAGCACGAGGGCCCACGUCUUCCAGAUCGACCCCAACACCAAGAAGAACUGGCUGCCCACCAGCAAGCACGCCGUCACCGUCUCCUACUUCUACGACAGCACGCGCAACGUCUACCGCAUCAUCAGCCUGGAUGGCACCAAGGCAAUAAUCAACAGCACCAUCAGCCCCAACAUGACGUUCACCAAGACCUCACAGAAGUUUGGCCAGUGGGCGGACAGUCGAGCCAACACUGUCUACGGCCUGGGAUUCUCCACUGAGCAUCACCUGUCCAAGUUUGCAGAGAAGUUUGCAGAGUACAAAGAAGCAGCACGGCUCGCUAAAGAGAAGAGUCAAGAAAAGAUGGAGAUGGCCACGUCUCCCUCUCAGGAGUCUCCAGCAGGUGAGCUCUCGUCACCUUUGACCCCAGUGACUCCGCCCAUGGAAAACAUCAACGGCACGGAUGAAAUGUGCGACUCGACUCCCAACUCAGACACUCGCCCGGAGCCGGCGCAGAACGCGCUUGCCUUCUCGCACAGCCCCGUCAUGACAAAACACUGGGAGGCAGAACUGGAGGCACUAAAGGGAAACAACGCCAAACUAACAGCAGCUCUGCUGGAGUCCACGGCCAACGUCAAACAGUGGAAACAACAACUGGCUGCGUACCAGGAGGAGGCUGAGAGACUACACAAACGGGUGACAGAGCUCGAGUGUCAGAGCAACCAGACCCCAGUGAUCAAAUCCCAGAAGACUGAACUCAACCAAACCAUAGAGGAACUGGAGAAUACGCUAAGGGACAAAGAAGAGGAAAUGGAAAAGAUGAAGGAAGAACUGGAAAACAUGAACGACCUGAUGGAGCAAAAAGACACUCUCACUCAAAAACUUGAGGAGACGGAGCUGCGCAGCCGGGUGCUGGAGGAGCAGCUGUCGGGUGCCGAGCAGCGGCUUGAGGAGAACCAGGAGGAGCAGGAGAAUUUCAGGAAGAGUCUGCGGACGCUGCUGGAGCUGCUGGACGGCAAGAUCUUUGAGCUGACGGAGCUCAGAGACACCUUAGCCCGGCUCAUCGAGGAGGCCAGCUAGAGACGGAGCUGCCUCACCUUCACAGACAGAGCCAUAACAUAAUUUAUACCCUCACGCCCCCCAAACUCCAGUCACAUCAAGAUCUUACCACACAAUGCCCCACUCUCCUCCUCCUCCUUCACCUGAAUCCCUCUGAAAACUGAGACACUGCACUGCCCCGGUUCUAAAUUUGCUCAAAAAAAAAAAAAAAAAAAAAAAAGGGCAGCUAAAUCCUGGUUUUUACCUUUGCAGGCAUCUGAGCUCCAACCAACCGCAAGCACUCCUGUUACUUCAAAGACGUGGCAGGGACUACCUCAUCUUGCCUUCUGAUUGGCUGGUGUAGGCGUUAACCUUGGUUGAAUUGAACCAGUCAUCCAGAUGCCUGCUGUGUGCCCGCACACCCACAACACACACACACACACACACACACACACACACACACCUAAACACCUAAACACACACUAGCACCAAGACUUAACUUGAGAACUGUGCCUCAGUGCCAUCUGCUGUUUGACUGGGAGAACUGCACCACAGAUUGCAGUAUCAUCUGCACACACACACACACACAAAAAAACCCCACUCCCCCUAAACCACCACCACCAGGGGAAUAUUGAAAGUCAUGUGGAAAUAAUCGUCGGUAAGACUCUGACAGAACUGCGCCAAAGCUGCCAAAUCCCCCACCACCGCUGAAAUAUCGCCCCUCUAUUUAGCAGAUGCUUGGAUCCAAAGUGACUUACUGUACAGAGAAGUGUUGAACUGAGACUCUCGCGUUUGAGCGUCGGUGGAGAACAGAGAACUUAAAGGACGACUCUGUUUGACGGCCCAGACACUCCAGGCUUUCCCCGGGGGGGUUAAAUAGUCGCUGCAGCUCCACAGCUUAUUUAAAGAAAACACCAAGUGACGAGCGUCGAAUCUUCCAGAGACGUUUGUUCAUGCCACACAGAAAUGUUUAAAGGGAACACGUGUGUGCGUGUGUGUGUGUCUGUGUGUGCGCACGCGUGUGUUCUCUCCCGUUAGGUCUGACAUGAGAAUUCCUGUAUCCAGACUGCUUCCACCGUCUCAGAACAAGUGACCUGUCUUCCUGCCAAGCUCAGUGUGGCGUGUGUGUGUGUGUGUGUGUGUGUGUGUGUUUCUGAACAAGGCCUGACCUUUGACUUGACGUGUGCCUUGAGAGCGCACAUCAGUGGACACGUGAUUGUAUAUAUAAUAUGCCUGUGUGUGUGUGUGUGUGUGUGUGUGCGUGCGUGCGAGUGCGACAGUGUGUUUGUGUGUGUGAGAGAGAAAGACCCCGGUUUUGGACACUAAGGCCGACAUGCACACACUGAGCAAUACCAGACAGGCUCUGUACGACACCUCUAUCUAACUCUAUCAGGGACUCCACUCAGUGCUGGACUCAUGCAGAUAGGUCAAAUGCAGCUCAGUCGAUUCCUCCUCCCCCCCUCCCCCCCUCCCCCCACUUCUUGCCCCCCACCCCUUCCCACAGAGAGUGUACAACUGUCGACCGCAAACCUGUGUGGCAGCCCGUCUCAAUCGAAGUAGUGCACCGCGAAGGGCUUUAUCGAGCGCCAUCAUCUCCACGUCCAUGAAUCUUCUCCACCGUCGGCGAAGCAGGCCACAGAUUUCCACCUCCUCACGGGUUGUUACUAGAAACUAUUACUCAAAGUUUUUAUUCCUUUUUUUCUACAUAGAAUAUAAAUAACACUGACGAUAUAUAAUUAUAGAACUAUAUAUAUAUAUAUAUAUGAAACACGGGAUGGAUUUCUUACUCGUGGCAACGUUGUAAAUGAACGGACGGAUCGCUCAGUAAACGCAGUAACACCCUGCAGUGGCUUAUUGUUGUGUAUUAACCCCAUGGAGAAGUGUCAUAGUCUUGUAGAGUAUCUAGUCUGUGAGUAAACAAUGGGAAAAAACCUCUUCGGUGUCUGUAUAGACAACUGUACAGAAUGAUUCGCCCUCAUCGAGCGGCUGCCGAGGCAGUGGAAUUCAAAAACGACAAAUAUCUUUCAGAAUAUCACUCAAUUACUAAGAAAAACAAAACGCUGUACACUUGCCUUUCAAUUGAGCACCUGAUUGCAAUGCGUUAUUAUUCUUAUUAUUAUUACACCAUCGUAACUCCCAUUAUAUAGUCCUAGCACAGCAUUACUCUGUACUUAUACUGUAGUGAAGUUACACAGGUUAAUACACGGGAAUAAGACCCAUGAAAAGGGAAAUGUUGACCCCGUUUGUUUUUGUUUUUUGUUCUCCUCCUUCUUCUUCUUCUUCUUCUUCUUCUUCUUCUUCUUCCUGGUUUAACGUUGACAAGUCAAGAGACGCCGUGAGAUGGAACACCCUAAUAUUAAUGCUGUUGUUAAUGAAUGCCUUUGUACAGUAGUGGAUACGAAGCUUUUCAUUCUCCUGUUUUGUACCUUAUGGUAUUUAAAUGUAGGUAUAAUUAUUGUAUUUAGAGGUAUGAGAAGACUGGCAAUAUUUUUGACUAUUUAAAAGUAAUUUUGAACUCAUGAUAUUAAAGAGGUACCUCAGGCUCAAGA